AUGAGGGGAUGCCUCACGUGUCGUCUGCGCCACCUGAAAUGUGAUAAAUCCGGCUCAAAAUGUCUCCGCUGCCAAAGAUCUGGCCGCGAAUGUUUGCCGGCCCCCGGCAAAUCUGAAGAGGUUUCCUUCAGACAUGGUCAGAAUCCAUCCUUACGAGGAAAGGGGCCCCCGCGAUAUGGCGAGAGUGAUCUUGCGUUCCCGGAUGAUCAAAUCUGGGUGGAGACCUCUUCUCCUGAUCUCGACUUCAGAGAUGAAACAGAUCAGACGGCAGCUGAAUACUAUGUUGUCCCCGUACUAAGACAGACGUCCGCUGAAAGAUCCUCUUCGGAAGAUCGUUCGACGCCUUCAUCCUCCACAAUGGACUCUUCAUUGACACCGAACCUCGUCAUCCCUUACGCAGGAUCCCAGCUUGGCUCCAGCUCGACUGUUCAUUCACCUGCUCCUACGCCAAUGAGCCAGCCGAGAGUGCCUAAUGUCACCGAAGCUUUUCUCCUGCGACAUUUCCAAAAGUACCUUGCGCCUUGGCUCGACGCAUGCGACCCUAACCGCCAUUUCUCGACCUAUGUCGUCGAGCGCGCGACUCGCUCCCCGCUGCUACUAUACGCCUGUCUAGCUGUCUCAGCCUGUCAUCUCUCCCGAACGACAAAUACCAUUUCCAUCGAAGUCGCCCACGCUUACCAUGAACGCUGCAUCUCAAUUAUGUUGCCUGUCCUCGACAAACCCGAAUUCGAAAUUGGCAUCGAAAUCCUCCUCUCAUCAACAGUUAUCCUCCGCUUCUUCGAAUCUAUCUCCUCUCACAGUCCCCCAAACGACCCCCAACACCACCUCCUCGCCGGCUCUGUCUACAUAAGCUCCCACGUCGACAGCGCAAUCUCCAGCGGUCUCGCCUCAGCAUCUUUCUGGGUCUUCGUGAUACAAGAUAUCCAGUUCGCGUUAACAUACCAGAAAUGUCUACGACUGACCUUCGCACCCAUCGACGACCAUCUUCGUCGUUCGUGGCUUGCUAAACCUGUUCUUUCGGACGGUGACUGGACGAACCGCGCGAUCUGGAUUCUGGCUGAGACAGUGGAUCUCUGCUUUAAUUCGUCCAGGGAGAGGGUGGAGAAGGAGAUUGCUUUGAGGAAUCGGAUUAACGAGUGGGAGGUUUCGAGACCGGAUAGUUUUGCGCCCUUGCAUGUUUCGCCGCCGGAUCAUGCGGCUGGAAAGCCGUUUCCGGUUGUUUGGUUUAUGAGUUUGUGGCAUGCUACGGCUAUUCAGCAUAUCUGUCUUGCGAAGUCCAUGUUGUUGAUUCGUGAUCUUGAGGUUUAUGAUCGGAGUAUUUUGCAUCGAGAGCAGCCUGCUAAAUUGAGGGAUCUCACUGACACGCUCAAUUUCAUGUUCGGCGUGGGGAUAUCUGCUGACGAGCCUUCGCUGCGGCUUACGGCUUGUCAUGCUCUUUUUGCUUACAGUUCCUGGAUCGAGGACCCCGUCGUCCAGAAUUUACUCGUUGAUCUCCUGCGUCGCACGGAGAGAGAAAAUGGGUGGCCGUGGGGGUAUUUGCGGCAUCAGGUUGUGCAGGCUUGGAGGUUAAUGUAA